AUUUUUUAAAAUUUAUUCCUAUUGUCCAUUUUAAUGACAAAUGAUAUUAAAAUAGCGAGACCACGUUACGUGUGGGUUGGACUUCAUUGUUGCUUCCUCCGUGUGAAACGCAGCCAUAGCUUAAGAGCUUUUAAUGUUUUGAUAAAAACAAAUAUCUUCAACCCACUUAUAGACACAGAUAUUAAUGAGACACAUGACAGGUUUUAUAGGUACCUUAACCUUAGGAGUAAACAUACAUAUAUACAUUUUGAUUUCCAACUGCACAUACUCCCCCACAGAAGCAAAAACUUAAUUGUUUUUGGGCUUUCUCUUUCUCUUUGACCUCGAUGCUCAUCCAUUCCGCCGUGCAAUCCGGUUAGGAUCACAAGGUCAGGUUUAUCCUUGCAUAUCCUCGGAUUAGACUUCUUGGUAUCCUUGGUUUGAGCUGACAGGCUAUCCUUUGCCGAUAAUUAAGGUCAGUGUGCGGGAUUUACCUGCUAGCGCAUACCCUCGAAUAGUGGCUACGAGAUGCAGGUUCUGGAGGAUACGACAGACACUACUGUCCUGAGUUAUUGGUUGAACUGGAGGGUGUUUAUGUGUUGGCUACUGCUCAUGAUGUCUGUGUUUAUUGCGUUCAUUCUAUUAUGGAAGUAUGAAUAUUCAGGCGAUGAUGAUGAUGAUUCUACAUCGGAUAGUAAGGCGGAAUGUUGGCAUUUAUGGUUUAAUGAAGCUUGGAGGCCAUGCGUGAAAGAAGUACACCCAAUUUGGUUGAUGGCAUUCAGAUUAGUUUCUUUCUUUUUACUUGUAACAGCACUCACUUCUAACUUUGUUGUUUAUGGGAGCAGCUUAUUUUUCUAUUAUACUCAGUGGACUUUUACUUUGGUUACCAUGUACUUUGGGUUUGGAUCACUGCUUUCUAUAUACGGAUGCUACCAGUAUAGCAAAGAAAGCAACGAUUUUAUUGAUCAUAAGUGGAUGGAUGAGAAGCAAGGAUUAGAUACGCCUCUUAUAGGCACCGGAUUUUCAAAUGGAAUCAAAAGACUUGUUGAUUACCCAAACCCACAAUUUGUUCCAAAAAGUGCAGGGCUGUGUGGCUAUCUUUGUCAAGUUCUCUUCCAGAUGACUGCCGGAGCUGUGAUGCUUACAGAUCUAGUUUAUUGGUUCUUCAUUUUUCCUGCUCUGAAUGAUCAUGGCGUGUCGUUUUUGACAGUGGUUUCACAUACACUUAAUACCUUGUUUCUUGGUGAUGCAGCACUGAAUUGCUUGCCAUUCCCAUGGUUCAGGAUUGCUUAUUUUAUUUUCUGGACUGCUGCUUAUGUCAUAUUCCAGUGGUUUGUUCAUGCCUUUGAAUCAGUUUGGUGGCCAUACCCAAUUCUUGACUUAUCAUCAGAAUAUGCCCCACUCUGGUACUUGUUGGUGGCAAUGAUGCACAUCCCCUGCUAUGGUUUUGUUGCGAUGCUUAUUGGAGUGAAGAAAAUUGUAUUGUCCAGAUGCUUCCCCACCCAUGUUGCCUUUUCUGAUAAAAUCCAAACCUCAUUUCAGUCACCUUGUUGAAUAUCCAUCCUACUGGGAAUGUAUUCCUUUAUUUCUUGUGUACUUUUCAGCUGUCUUCUUGAAAUCUCAUUGGAAGAAAGAAAGUGUGCGUGUGAUUCUUUUAGAAUAUAUACAUGGUGACGGCACAGUUUUUUGUACAAGUAUUUGCAAAAUUCAAUAAUGUGGGAUUAUUUUAUUUUAU